CCCAGACAGGAAGUGAUAUUGUUUUUGCUGCUGGUGGAAAAUAAAGCUGCUUGUGAACCGCAGCGUAACGUUAUCCGAAAUAGAGGCGUUGCACAUCGCACAUUCUAUCUCUGAUUAGGGAGGGCAGUGAUACCAUGUGGAAGUCACAUGAACCACAAGGAUGAGGCAUAAACAACAAAGGGGCAGCUUGAGGAGAGAGCCGCUGCACAGUGUCUGCUACAGGGAGGGGGUUUGCUGCUUGUAAGGGCCCUGCACAAGCAGCCCCCGCGUGUCCCCCUUUCCUGAUCAUAUGCAAUGAACAGCACUACUCAGCCCCCUGCCGUCAUUGAUGGGGAUGUGGCAGUCAGCUAUGUGUUGGUGCCAUUUUUUCUCAUCACCAUCAUUGGAAUAGCUGCAGCUGUGGUCAUGUAUAUUCGUAAGAAAAGGAGAAUUGACAGGCUCCGUCAUCAGCUGUUACCAAUUUACACGUAUGAUCCUUCAGAGGAACUUAAUGAAGCUGAACAGGAAAUGUUGUGGAGAGAAGAGGACACACGGAUUGUACAGGGUUGGGCCAGAGGGUAUCAACAGCGUCGCCCCCUUCUGGCCAAAGACGUCACGGCAUGAUAGUAGUAAACCACGGCAUCAAACCUUGUCAGCACGGAGAUUGCCUUCAGCCACUGAGAUCCGUCAUUUUCAGAGUCCUGCACAAGACCGUUCCACGUUUGUUUUUCUUUAAUACCGUGUGGUGAGCAUCAGCGAGAGUCAUCAUUUUUCUUUUUAUGUACAGACUGACUGUUCAUUUGGGAGGUUCUGAUGCCAAUCCUGUAUGCCUAACAGAUGUGGUUCCUUUAUUUAUUUGAAAUUAUUUAUUCAGACUUUGUUUUACUGUGGUAUUCAGUGACAUGACUCAAAGUUUAGAAAGGUGGAAUGUAUCUAAAGAUACAAGUUCUUGUAGGUGUACUUUGUUUCUUAAAUGUAUAAUGUGGGCGACAUGUGGCUAGAAGUUGUCCUCCUGUGGGUUGCAGUAGGCCUUCGUAUUGACUAUAAUCUAGAGGCUGUGGUAAGAGUAAGAAUGUUCUGCACUGCUUAAAAAUCAUCACUCCUGCUGUGAGAGCGUUUGUGUUCAUUGCCUGGGCCGGUUGUUGUAUAGAGGUCGUUUCCAUUGCAUUAAUAACAAAUGUGGCUUCUUGGAUGAAAUACUGUUAUGUUCAACAGUCACAUUUGUUGACAUGAAACAUUACAAUACCACUCUCAAAAAGAGUUUUAACUUCAAAGCUUUCUAUUGAGAAAGUUAGACAUAGCUGUUAAAAUAAGGGUUUGGUACAUUUUCUCUUUCAUUUUGAGUCAAAGGGUCUUACACACACUCUUUAGUUUUAAUUUGCUCACAGAACUCAACUAGCUGACCGACAAGCCGGAUCUUUUUGUGGUUUAGCCAAAUCCUAUGACUCUUAUCAAAGGCAUGAAAAGCCAGACGUGGAAAUAAAUAACGCCAACCUCCUCUCAUCCCCAAAAUGAGUUGUGACUAGUGCCCUAAAUAUGUCCUGUCCAGAAGGCAUGGCACGAGCACAAAUUAACCCCCAGCAGAAGAAUCUGUUCAGAUGAAUGCCUUAGGUCUGACUGUAUCAAGCACUCAGGAAAACCUUGCUCUUUUUUUCUUGAUGAAUUAUAACCUGUCCUGACCUUUUAUUUGCCUUGCAUUUGUGAAUGUAAACUAAGAACAGCAGAAAACUGUUAAACUGUCCUUGAAGGAGAAUAAUGCUCCGUUUAGCUAUUCCGUGUAUUGUAAUGUACAGCUAAUGCUCGAAACUUGUGAUAUUAUCAGGUAUGACAUCUAGAGGUGCUUCAGAAUGAGGAUGAGCUUAUACGUAGGAGUUUUCUUCUGUGGUCACUUCUGGACUUGAAAUCUUUAGCCCCAGAACAUGCCCCUUGAUGCUCCCCAGUCAUUCUUACACCUCGCGGCUCAUUUUCUAUGCAUUUAUCUAGAUUUUUUUUUUUUUUUUCCAUAUAAAAUGAAAAAAAAAAAGUAUGAAACAGGCCAUUCACUGCUUAAAUUGUACAAAUGUUUGAUCACAUGACAUUGAUUCACACUGGUGUACUUUUCAUGGAAGGCUCUGAUUUCAGAUUUCACAUUGAAAAGUCAAAGAACUACUGAUGUAAAUGUUAAUGGCAGCACUGUCAUGAAGUUUUACUUUGCAGAUUGUUGUACUGUUGUGGCUUUGAGAGUAUGGAUAAGGUUGAUUUAAAUGUUGAAGUUGUAAAUAAAAGUAAUGCAACUUUG